AUGGGAGCACCAAACAUGGAGCAUGAGUCUAUCUCGAUCCAGGACGCGUCGACAUUCAAGAUGCAGCUCAAGAUACAGCUCAAGAUACAGCUCAAGAUGAAGUUCAAGAAUAUUACCAUGACACACUCACGCGACACGGACCAGCAGAGUCAGCGCCCCAAGGUCCGCCGAACCAAGGUUGAGCUCUUUAAAAUGUUUGCCACCCUCAACGUCAGCAAGGAGGUUGCAAAAUCCUUCAUCGACCUCUUCAAUACUUGCUUUGGCGAAAGCAUGGAGAAGUUGCCAAGUCUCUGCUCGAUGAAAUCACAUCUUAUGGAGAACUCUCGAGCCGGCGGCGGGGACAGGAAUCCCCUGCCCAAUCGUCCUUCCGCCAAGAAGAUCCGUCGAUCGGGCGCUGACUCACAACCAGCGUCCCAGCCUGCCGUCCCCGCCCGCCCGCCCGGCUCCAGUAGAAUCGAAAGUAGCCUCAACCACCACGAUCUCAUCACCAUCCUGGUCUGCAACAGCGCUUUCAUCGCCAGUAUUGAUCCAGCAGUCCUGGUCACAUUCCCUGAUCUCGCUCCCCAGUACGAAAACAUCCUGUCGCUGAUCUCUGAGGCCGGAUGGGCGCAUCUGACUCAGUCGCAUAUGCGAUCUCUCAAGCCUGGCAAAAACUACUCUGGAGCAAACGGCUAUUUCAAUAUCGCCAAGACCAUCGCUACGCUCACCAGAGGCGUGAACGCUUCCGUUUGUCGGAAGGAUCUCCUCGAAGGGAUCUUCCACUUCCUCAUGCGCAUAGACGGAUACCCUCGCAGCUUUCAAGCUUACCAAAAGGAGCUUCCUCUCUGGUGGGCGGCCUCCGAAUCCAAAGCCCUGGCCAAGAAGUUGAGGCGAUAUCUGUGCCUCGAGUUCCCCUUUUGUUUGGAGAGCUACGACAGCGGUAUUGCCGACAUCAAAUUACUCGGUCGGACCGUGCAAUUUAAACUGUUUGACAGCGCUCGUAUUCUCGAGUACAUCGGGCCGGACCAGUUCCCUGAUGAUAUCGGCUACGACGAAUAUUACAGUGGUGAAGAAAGCGAAGAAGAUAUCGAAUAUACCGACGACAACGACGACGAUUCUCCCUUCGAUAUGAGCGAAGCUUUUCGAGAAACGGGCAAAGAUGAUUGUGUCCUCUGGAUUGCUCGGUUUGAAACCCAUCCAUUCCUCACCACCGAGCAAAGAUCCAAGCUUCUCCCGCACGAAGCCUUUGUCCUCAAGCACAGGCAAUGCAGUGAUCUCCACUUUGUCAACUGUUCAUUUGCGUCGGUCUCGGGAUUUCCAAAGUCGCUCGAUGACCUCCAAACGCUGACGUUUCAUGAAUCGCUCUCGACAGUGAAGAUCACCAGCACAGGGCAGUUUCCGAGAAUGCCUCGAUUGAGUUCCCUCUCUAUGCCCAGUGGUAUUCUCAGUUUCGAUGGUGUACCGUCUUGUCGAGACUGGUUGAGCAGAUUUUGGAUAUCGGAUUGCAACGACCUUGCCAGCCUGGAAGGAUUUCCGAGUUCGUCGCAACUGACGGAACUCGUGAUGCCAAGCGGCAUCGUCAGCCUCAAAGGCAUGCCCCACACCCUGCCGGAUCUGACCAAGUUUGACCUGUCUCGCUGUGACCAAGUCGUCGACAUGGAGGGAUUUCCACACGUUCCAAAAGUCGAAGAGCUGCUUCUUCCCCCACAGCUUCGCAGUAUCGACAAUCUCGGCCAAUACUUUGGAAAUCUGAGGGUGCUGGACAUUGGCCGCUGUCAGAUCAACUCUCUUCGUGGCCUCCCCGACAUGCCAAAAUUGAAUAUCCUCAAGCUUCCGCCGCCCAUCCAGACCCUGGAGGGGCUUCCUCUGUCGCUCGACGCCCUCGAGUCGCUCGAUAUGUGGAGGUGUCACCGCUUGGUGUCCCUGAAAGGGCUGCAUCCGAUGCCAAGUUUGAGCUCAUUGAGACUUCCAGAGUCCAACAUCUCCCUCAAGAGCAUUUCUGACUGGGUUGCCUGGCUCAAGAAUUCCCGGAAAUGGAAACGUCACGUUGACGCUGAGGAUAGGCUUGUCUCCGUCUUCCCCAGACUAAGGACUCUAUGA